GCCAUAAAAAAAAUUCCUAUUUUUCUAAUUGAUUUUGUUGAUUCUCUCUCCUUUAUUUCUUUGAUUUCCCUUUUCCACAUUCAAUUUCCCUUCUCUUCCGUUGUUCUUCCCCCUCUGUAAUCAUCCCCAUAGCAUUUUUCUCUCUUCAGUUUUCAUUUCUAAAUCCCAAAAUCCCUAUGGACUAAAACUAAAAUUUUAUUUAGAGAAAGAAGAUGAGAUGACUGAAGAUUCUCACCUUGUGGAAUUGGGAAAGAGCAUUCGCAAAGGAGACUGGAAUGCUGUUAAGCAGUUUUUUGACAGGCAUCCACUAGAUACAAUAAUAUUAUCAGACAAAGGCUACACUGCUCUUCAUUUUGCAAUAGCGGUCGGGAAAUAUAAGAUUGCCAAGGAAUUGAUAAAGAUGAUGUCGGAAACAGAUCUUGAAAAAAAGAUUACAACUAGCAUUGGUGGUGAGACGGCUCUUAGUUUCGUUGUAAAGAGGGGAAUAACAGACCUAGCAAGAUGCAUAGUCGAAAAGAACGAGAAAUUACUUACAAUUGAAGAAGAUGAAGGCUAUAUCCCAGUAACUGCAGCAUGUGCUAGAGGCCACAAGGAGACGACACACUACCUUUAUUCUGUCACCCCAUCCGAAGUCUUCCUACCACAAAAUGGCAAUCAUGGGAUCUGUCUCGUGAGUAGUGGAGUAGAUGAUGGUUAACUUUUCUCCUACUUAUAAACCAGAUAUUUUCUU